AGGGUGUACUGAGUGUCGGCUCAACCCUCCAGCCCUCAAGAAGCGGGUCAGUAGUGGAACAAGUGGUGUUGGGUGUGGUUAAGCGGACGAACUCUACAGAGUUAGAUUUCUCCACAUUCUGCGCAGUGAAGUGAAAAUUCAUAUUAAUUAUCGAGAGUACUUUUCAAGGAAUUCAGACAAAACGCUGGUAAGGAAAUUAUUUGGAAAAUAGAAAAUUCAGAUCAAAGACACUUUAAAACAAAAAGGACAAAAAUACUGUAUCGUGUAUCAGCCAAGAUGACCAUCCUCUCGUACUUCCGUUGUGUCCGGAAGAGAGGACGGACGAUGGUGCCCUUUGUGAUGCUGUUCUAUGUAGCUGUUAUCCUAAUGUUUGUUCAGUACAACUUUUAUGAGGUUUGGAACACAUCCGUGGCAUCACCAAUUAGAGAUGGUCAUGGCCAAGAUGCAAGAGAGAUUGUGUUCUUCAUUUCAGUAUGUAAAGGAGAAGCAGAUAACAGACAAGGUGGAAAGAUCGCUUCAGAUAUAGACCGUCAACUACGCCAGACAGCCGUCCUGCUCAAGUCUGCAGCAGCUCUUUCAUCUUCAGUACUUAGGUUUAAAGUUGUGACGGAUUCAGAAGACCUUUUCCAUCAGAUCACAAACUUAACCUCUUCCUGGCCUGCUGAUUAUCAGAAACGUAUUUUGAUGGACUACCAUAAAGUGUGGUACCCAGCUGAGAGAAAAGACAUGCGCUCUAUGUUUCGUGUGUGUUCAACAGAGAGGCUCUUCAUUCCUGAAAUGUUUUCUGACCUUGAUGCUGGGAUUUACGUAGAUACAGACAUGCUUUUUCUGAGGCCACCUGAGCAACUAUGGGAAGAAUUUCAGAAGUUUAAUGAUGUCCAGUUAGCUGCAUUGGCACCUUGCCUGUUCCACUAUGAUACCAAUAGAAAUAAGCUCCCCUAUUAUGGCAAAACGGGGCUCAAUGCUGGAGUCAUGCUCUUGAACAUAACUAGGAUGAAGUCCUUUCCUGAAGGUGGCUGGAUGCCUGCACUGAUUAAAGUUUUUGAUCGAAUUAAAAAGAAGAUGAAACUAGCUGAUCAAGACAUUAUAAACGUUCUCUUCAGCAAGUACCCUGAACUUAUGUAUGAACUGGGAUGUGAAUGGAACUACCGGAUAUUCCAGUGUUCAAAGGGCACCAACAAGUGUCCUGAUGCUGCUACAAAUGGAAUUUCGCUCCUGCAUGGCAAUGCCUUGGCAUUUGUUAGUGGAGAAGAAAUGAAGAUACAAGCUGUGUUUGAGGCAUGGGAACGACAUGUGAUGGGAUCCUCAGUAAGCACUCUCCUGACCACCUUGCAACAAGAUCUCGAGUCUGUCAGCACAAAGCAUCUGCCGUCAAAGUGUGCUCGUAUCAGUAAUAUAGACAGCUUUUUUAUUAAAGAGCUUCAGAAGUAUGUGUUAAGGAAAUAGCUGUAGGGUUACUGAGCUUCAAAUAGCCCUGGACAAGACAAUGAAUAAUUAUGGGGGCCUUCCCCUAAUUGUUUUUAUCUGUUACUAAAGGUACAGGUAUGAGUUUUUAAGAAUGAUUAAACAAUAAGAUCUGAUAUGUGCAGAGACCAAAGUUCUUCCAUUGGUGAAAAUAUCGCCUAUUUAUUGACAAUUUGUUGUAUGUUGCAUAUCAAAUGGCAGUUACUUUGAAAUACUGCAAUAAAAAUAUUUAUUUC